AUGGCCAGUCGCUACAACAAUUACGAUUAUGACACAACUGGAACAACAUAUGAUCCAACGGGCUACGGCACUGCAGGAUAUAGUGCAACAGGCUACGGCUCGGAUGUCACCGACACGAAUUACGGCACUACCUAUGACACGGGAUAUGGCACAACGGCCUACGAUCCCAGUAGUGGCGCCUACGACCAACAUCUAGACUACCGCUCCGAUGGUACCCGACGGCAUCAUCGUGAGCGACUCGAUCCCAGCGGCGUUUACCGACAUCGAGACGUGGAUCGGCACGAUGACGGCACCACCCAUGUCCAUAGGGAAUACGACAACCCAAACACCGGCACCAGCUAUCAUCGGGAUUAUGAGCGUUAA